AUGGCACAGGGUGGCGGGCAGGAUGCAAUUACCGAGUUGGAACAAGACCAGGCCCUCAUGGCUUCUACUGUCACGUUUGGCAAAUGUUCCUGGGAGUCUGACAGCUCGGGCAUGGCCCAUUUCUCUUACUACCUGAAAGAUCCAGAGGUGUUCCAGACCCAGAUGUGACUGUUGGAAGCUGUAUUUGGCCCACACAAAUCUUGAAUCCCUCACAUUUGCAAGGCCAGACUCAAGGUGAUGGUUCUAGAAUCUGCUGACAUAACUGAGGUCAAGGGCUCCUACUUAGAGAUGCUCUGGACCAAGUGGACUCAGUCUGUAGUUGAGUGGCACUGUCAGCAGCAGAAGGAAAGGAUGCUCAGGCUUGAAGAAGCUGUGCGUGGCCUCCAGCAAGAUCCUUGGAUGAAGUGA